CUUCCUUUUAUCCUCUCAACUGCGCUCGUAAACCAGCUUAGCCGUAAAACAAUAUAUGUGAUAAUGAAGGAAGGCAGUCGAAGCCCGGGUAGUCUGCCCCACGGUGUGUGGACGCUGGUCUUCGAGUUGAUGCGAACACAAGAUCUGUUCAAUAUUUGCUUGGUCUCCAAAACAUGGAACGCAUUAGCAACAAAGUUCCUAUAUCGAUCAAUUCCUAUAGGAGAACAACACAGUCACAUAACACAUUCACAGAUAUGGUCCAAUGAGGCCAGCAUCCGGUCUCGGCUUCUCUCCCGAUUAGAAGAUGAUUCAAAUGACGAACUUAGGGCCUUUGUGCAAGAAGUGGCUGUAAUGCCUACUUUCGCGUACACGAUUCGCUCUAUUAGCGAACUCGAGGUAGAAGACUGGUUGUGCAAGCUGUUCGUACGCCUACCGAACCUCCAAUUAGUCUCUAUCCAUACCUCUAUUCAGCGGUUAGAUGAGAUCAUCUGUACUAUCUGUGAUCACAAUCGGCGACCGGAGCUUCGUCUGUUCUCUGUAAACGGAACUAUGGGUGAUAGUAGAUUAGCAGACCGAACCCUAUCCUGUAUUUCGACCUUACAUGCCACUGUGAACCCAUUUAAGGAACAGGAUGGGCCGAAUCGUCACAUACUCCACCUCCAAAAACUGUUUUUCAAAUGUCCAAAUAUGCGGUCUUUUUCUCUCUGUGUGCAUGGCAACUACGGAGGAUGCGUACUCAACUUCCCAAGUUUCGAUACUAUCAGAACUUUUCAACUGGCCGGGUAUGAAAAUUUCCCUCUAAUAGAGGAACUCUCGCUUGAUGCAUACGCGAUGGAAGACGAUGAGUGGAUCCAUUGGAAAGACCGGUUCUCUUGGUCCAAACUAAAGUCGCUCACCCUGGGACCGAGUGAUCCUUGUAACCUUUUGGACCGGAUGGCUGGGUAUGCCACAUCAUUGAGAACCCUCAAGGUUCUCGGCUAUGCUGAAGAGGGAAACUCGGACUGCAAAUCGGUUGAGAGAUUUCUAUUCUCCUUUGAUAGCUUGGAGACCCUAGAACUGAAUGGUUAUUUGUGCUCUGUAAACGCAGUUGCACAGCAUAAGAACAUAUCGGACCUUUGCUUGCAUAUGGCCGAGUAUUCAGAAAAGGAAAUUCAACGGAGAGUACUUACCACCGCCGAGCUCAAACACCUUGAUAAACACUGUCCAAAGAUGGAGUCACUCAGCAUUGACGUUGAAAGGAGUAAUAACGAAUGGCCGGAAUCCAUUUUCGGCAGUCUCGCAACCAGUUUUGCUAAUUUGAAGGCUCUGUCAAUUCACUUCGAACUUGGAAUCAGCGACAUUGAAAACCCCAUUAUGCCAGCGUUGGACGAAAGUUGGGCAAAGAAUCUUAGCCAAAAGUUCUUCAACAAGCGACAUUCAUUCGAUUAUGUCAAAGACGACAACGACAGAACAUCUCUUGGGAAACUACACACUCUAACUCUGAAGACGGGUGAGAGCCAACGAAGAUUUCCCCAGUGGGAACCUGAAUACUCGCGUUGGGAAAAUCAGCAAUCAGCGACUUAUGAAACUAGCCUGUUGGGUGAUUCGUCAGUCGAUAUUAGGAUAACUAGAGCGCCUUUGUAUUAGUGAUUAA